CACUGCCAAUCCGCUUGUAUGUAACGGCCGUAAUAAAGAGGCGCGUGCGCUCCGUUGCGCGGCCGACACGCAGGAGGCGCCGCAGCGCUUCGCGGCCGAGGUGGCGGCGGCCGCGCUGCGGGCCCCGCGCUACUGGGCUCGCGAGAGCGCGCAGGCUCUGAACCAGGCGGUCGUUGAGAUUAUUACCACUGAGGCGCGUGCGCUCCGUUGCGCGGCCGACACGCAGGAGGCGCCGCAGCGCUUCGCGGCCGAGGUGGCGGCGGCCGCGCUGCGGGCCCCGCGCUACUGGGCUCGCGAGAGCGCGCAGGCUCUGAACCAGGCGGUCGUUGAGAUUAUUACCACUGAAACAAGCACUGCCAAUCCGCUUGUAUGUAACGGCCAUAAUAAAGAGGCGCGUGCGCUCCGUUGCGCGGCCGACACGCAGAAGGCGCCGCAGCGCUUCGCGGCCGAGGUGGCGGCGGCCGCGCUGCGGGCCCCGCGCUACUGGGCUCGCGAGAGCGCGCAGGCUCUGAACCAGGCCGUCGUCGAGAUUAUUACCACUGUACAUGAUUGUUCGGGAACAAGCACUGCCAAUCCGCUUGUAUGUAACGGCCAUAAUAAAGAUGCGCGUGCGAUCCGUUGCGCGGCCGACACGCAGGAGGCGCCGCAGCGCUUCGCGGCCGAGGUGGCGGCGGCCGCGCUGCGGGCCCCGCGCUACUGGGCUCGCGAGAGCGCGCAGGCUCUGAACCAGGCCGUCGUUGAGAUUAUUACCACUGAUGCGCGUGCGCUCCGUUGCGCGGCCGACACGCAGGAGGCGCCGCAGCGCUUCGCGGCCGAGGUGGCGGCGGCCGCGCUGCGGGCCCCGCGCUACUGGGCUCGCGAGAGCGCGCAGGCUCUGAACCAGGCCGUCGUAGUGGCUCCCGCGAAAGACCAAGUGUUCUCGUUCGAUCUCACCCCCGAGGAGAUGGAAGAAGGUGAACGGUACUUGUACGAGUUUUUCUCGGACGACGCGAAUAUCGACCGCCUCGUGGCGUUCCUUACCAUUGAAGAAAAGAAGGGACGGGACAAGUUUAGCGGGAUCCGAUUCUCUAUGUUCAGAAUGAUGUUCGCGCAAUUCGGCUGGGAUGUCACCAAGAAGUACGUGACGCACGCGCUCCGUUGCGCGGCCGACACGCAGGAGGCGCCGCAGCGCUUCGCGGCCGAGGUGGCGGCGGCCGCGCUGCGGGCCCCGCGCUACUGGGCUCGCGAGAGCGCGCAGGCUCUGAACCAGGCGGUCGUCGAGAUUAUUACCACUGGCCUCACAACAGUAAUACCAGAGACAAUGGAAGACUGGGGCACGGCGCUGGCCACGGGCGUAGAGAAGCUGGACCCGAACCGCAGCGCGGUCGUGCUGCGGGCUCUCAUGGGCCUGUGCGCGCCGCCCGCGCACGAGAAUGCGCAGCCCGACAGUGACGCAUCCUUCCUCGUGUGCGCGCGCCUUUACGCGCUGCAGGGAGCGUUAGGAUCUCUGUGCUGGCGAACCGCGCCGCUGUCAGCUGAACUACUCACAAAAUUAGAAGCGGCUAACUUCACGCACCACCCGUACCAAAACGUGCGGGAGACUGUUGGAAGCACACUAAUGACAAUAUUCGACAACGAGUUAGUGUUUCCUGGAGGGGAGUCUGGCCCUUCGCCGCGGCUGCAAGACUUCUUAGACACGGUGCCGCCACGGCUUACCGCGCUUUAUGACGAGAACGGCGACAUUGUGGUAAAACUAACGGCGUCCAUGGGUGCGGGCGAGAGCGUCCCGCGCGAGGUGCCCGCGGCCGUGCCCGCGCCCGAGCCCGCGCCGCUGCCCGCGCACGCGGCGCCGCUGGCCGUCCACGUGGCGCGCCUGUCGCCCGACCACCCCAUCGCCGAUGACGCGCCGCAGGUAACUGACUAAAGCCUGGUCCGUGAGCACGUAGAAUCCCGUCCAAUGAC